AGUGGAUUACGAGAUUGACACCAAUGACCUAGUGGUUCAUUCAGCUCCAGAUGAUAUGGAUGUAUAUAGAUACAUAUGAAUGAAGGCAAAACCACUCACAGACCACAGAUAACUGGCUUUGUUUCCAACACCAGAAAAAUGAUCUCCAUAUAAAUGUAUAAGGUAGGAAAGAUUAGAGAAUCCUAUACGGAAAAGUGAUACUGAAUUCAGAUGGACAUCUCGUGCCAUUUGUCAAGUAAUCAAAUUAUGAUGGUGGAAAUCUGACUUCAUACGUAGUAAACAAUGCUAAUGAGAGAUGACGGACAUGUAAACUAUUAUACAUACGUCCUUAGCCAGCUCGGUGUAAAGAUCCAGAGGACGGACACACCAUACAUGUAUAACUGACACACCAUAUAACUGACGGUAUUGGCUGACAGCAUUACCAGAAGUCUCUGAGCUUCAAAGAAAUUGCAGCCGAUGUAUAAAGUGAUAUUCGAUAAACAAAUUUAUAGACUAACUUUUCUUCAUAUUCUGUGGAGGAUGUAACUUUAGAUUCUGCAGGAGUCUCAGAUUUGAAAAGAGAGACUUCGACAUGCUGGUGACAGCAGGAAUAUGCACAUUUGGUACGAUUUUCGAGGUAUCAGUAAUCAGUCUUGUAAUAUAUUUGUGUUAUAAUGUCUUUAAACACUUCUUGGAGACUGAAAACAAGCCGACACUUUUCUAUAAGGAAUCCCGGCUGAAUGAAUACCUCAUCCGGCAAUGUACAAACCUAAAGAAACCGUUCCGACCGGCGGUUUGGGCGAGGAAUGCUCAUAUACAGAGUUUCCUAGGACUUUUUAUCCAAAGGAACAAUGUGAUAUACGAUAGAGAAUACCUUCAACUUACGGAUAAAGGUAUUGUAGCGUUGGAUUGGUGUAGAAUUCCUGAUAAUCCUCAGAAGCGAACAAGCCCAAUAGUCAUUGUACUUCCGGGCCAAGCAGACGAUAAGAAAGGCGUUCGGACUUUGUGUUCAAAGGCAUGUGGCGAAGGUUAUCGUGUUGUUGUGAUAAAUUCGCGUGGUCAUGGAAGUAGUUACCUGGCAACAUGUAAAUUCCAAAGUUAUGGUGAUCCAACUGAUCUAAGACAAUGUGUGAUGUAUAUUAAUCGUAAGUUUCCCAAAGCUAACAUUACUGCCAUCGGAGUAGGUUCGGGUUCCACCGUACUGUUCUCUUAUUUAGGCGAGUUUGGUUCCUCAACUCGUUUAAAAGCUGCUGCUUUUAUAUCACCACCAUAUGAAAUUGAUCAAGACUAUUUAAAAGAUGUUCCAAAAUUUUAUCAGUUUGUUGUUCUAUGUGGACUUAAAAUAACGCUUUUACGUCAUUCUAAAGCUUUAACAAAAUCGGUUAAUCUACAAUCAGCGUUUAGUUCGUGGAAUUUACUACAGUAUGUGGAGAUGGUUUACUGCAAUCCACUUGGAUAUUCCUCCAUGGAAGACUUCCUAGAGAAGAAUAAUCCACUACGAGACGUAGAUGACAUUGCUAUCCCUGUAAUGUGCAUAAACAGCCAGGACGACCCAGUGUGUCAACAAGAACAUAUUCCUUUUGAUAUUUUCAAUUAUUAUCCAAAUAUGCUAUUGGUUUCCACCAAACAUGGCGGUCAUUGUGGGUUCUGGGAGGGCGGGGUUCCUGAGUCGUGGUCAGCGAGUCUAGUACUGGAAUAUUUAUCUACUGUGUUAGAUUUCACUCUUAACAACAACAGAGAUAUUGAUGGCAUAAAAUGACGUAAAAUUGAUCUCUGUCUGAUUUAUUAAUAAAAAAAAUUGUUACAAAUAA